ACACGUCUGCCUAGAAUAGACGCCUCUAUUCCUGUGUUUGGAUAAACAAAUGCAAACAGAGUCCGCAUCGUCCAGUGCAUCUGCCCUGGAUCGAGCCCGCCUCACAGCUGCUACCCGAUAGCGCCCCCAUGCAGGGUAUCCGUUCUACCAAGGCGAUGCGUGUGUUCCUGUGUCUCCCGUAGGCAGCUCAUGUCCCGGUCGGCGAUGAAGAUCCCCGCCGGUGAGGAGACGGAAGCGGGCAGCUGCCUCCGUCCGGGGGGCGGGAGCCCGGAGCCGCAGCUGUGGAAUCAAGGCUCGCAGGGGCGCGGCGACAGCCUGGCGGUGACGGUGGGCGGCCGGGUGUUCGUGGUGGACAAAGCCCUCCUCACGGACCACUGCGAGUACUUCCAGGCGCUGUACCAGUCGGGCAUGAGGGAGUGCCUGCAGACGGAGCUCCACCUGCGGGGGCUGGGCGCGGCCGGCUUCGUGGCCAUGCUGGGCGUUCUCCGCGGCGAGCGGCCCGCGCUGGGCGCCAACGAGCUGGUGGAGGCCAUCGAGGUGGCCGCCUUCCUCCAGGUGCGCGCCCUCACCGGCCACCUGGUGGACCUGAUCGACUCCGACAACUGCCUGCUCAUGUGCCACACGGCCUUCGGCUACGGCGUGCGGGAGCUGGCCCACCGCGCCGCCCUGUUCAUCCGGGACAUGCGCUCCGAGCUGAGGGAGGAGCUGUGGUCGCUGCCCGCCGAGCUGGUGGAGUACAUCGACUCGCUGGCGCCCUGCAACUACAUGGCAGUGUGCAGCCACGCGCCGUCCCCGGAGCUGCUGCAGGACAUCCAGAGGACGGUGUGCUACCUGGACGAGGACAGCCGGGACUGGAGGGUGCUCACCCACCUGCCCAAGGAGAGCAGCACCACCCAGGCCGGGCUGGCCGUCCUGGACAACAAGCUGUACAUCGUCGGCGGGGUCCACGACGUCAGCAAGAAGGUGAUGGACUGUGGGUUCUGCUACAGCCCCAUCACCGACACCUGGUCCACCGUGCCAAGCCCCAAGCAGCCCCGCUACAACUUCACCCUCAUUGGCCACGAGGGCUGUCUGUACGCGGUGGGCGGGGAGUACAACCGGAAGGCCAUCUCAUCCGUGGAGAAGUUCAAGGUGUCCCACGGGGCCUGGAGCUUCGCCUCUCAUCUGCCCUGCCCCGCGGCGUCUGUGGCCUCGGCCAAAGCCAGGAGCCGGAUCUUCGUGUGCCUCUGGAAGGCCAAGGGCGCCACGGAUAUCCACGAGUACGUGCCCCAGGAGGACCGCUGGCUGCUUGUCACCACGCUGGUCAGGAAGCAGAGCUACGGCCUGUGCAUGGUGGCGCACCGGGACAACCUGUACGUGAUGCGCAACGGGCCGUGCGACGACUUCCUGAUGUGCGUGAUGGAUCAGUACAACCUGACGUCGGGCCAGUGGAGCGCGGUGAAGGGACAGUACGGCAACAGCAAAGGGUCACUGUUAACAGCCGCCGUGAGGGGGGAUUCCGUGUUCACGCUGAACCGAACGGUGACCACAGAGUACGCCAUAGAGGACUCCCGCUGGAGAACCAAGAGGGACAUGAAGGGCUUCGGCAGGAUCGGAUCCAUCUAUACGUUUCUCUUGAGGAUCCCUAAAGACGCCGCGCAGCUCAAAGAGAGUUCGAGAGCUGACAGUCCCGGUCAACAUUAUGGACUCGUCGUCAGGGACCCGAGUUCAUCAGCUCGAUGUCUGAACGAUCGGUAGAUCUGUUUAACCAGUUGAGUUGGUUUGUGGUGAUGAAUUAACUAUUUACUACUUUUUAUUGUUUAGUCAUUUAGCAGGCUUUUUUUUCUCAAUGUGACCCACGCAUUGCAUUUAGGAGCCUGUAGGGGAGAGAUUAAGGGUAUACUUUGUACAAUAGGCUUCAUCAUUCUGAUACGUUUAUUUUUAGAUCAAUAGACCAGCAGCUGCUGCAUUUUUUUUUUCUCUUUGCUGCUGUUGUCAUCACUGUAGUGCUCACGGGCAGUUUGUAUUCUUUGCAGUAUUCUGUUUAAGGAGGAAAGUAUUCAAAAACAACAAGUUUAUGAAGUGAACAACAGCACAGUUUAUU